AUGCCCCGCGCCGCUCCCCGGUGGCCGCCGCUCCUGCUGCUGUCCCUGCUGCUGCAGCCGCCAGCCCGCGGCGCCCCGGCCCAACCCGGAGCCGGGGGCCCGGCCUCGGAGCUGGUGGUGCCCACGCGGCGGGCGGGCGGCGCGGGAGAGCUGGCGCUCCACCUGUCCGCCUUCGGCCGGAGCUUCGUCCUGCGCCUGGCGCCCGACGCCAGCUUCCUGGCGCCCGAGUUCAAGAUCGAGAGCCUCGGGGGCUCCGGCGCGGCGGCCGGGGGCGAGCGCGAGCUGCGCGCCUGCUUCUUCUCGGGCACCGUGAACGGGGCGCCGGGGUCCCUGGCCGCCGUCAGCCUGUGCGGCGGGCUGAGCGGCUCCUUCCUGCUGGACGGCGAGGAGUUCACCAUCCAGCCGCGGGGCGCGGGGGACGCCCUGCAGCGGCCGCACCUCCUGCGGCGCUGGGGACCCGGCGGCGGCGCGCGCCGCACCCCGGCCCACCCCCUCCCCCGAGGACCCGAGUCGGGGGCGCGGAAGGACGACGGUCCGAGGCGGGAGCGCGAGGAGGAAGAGAAGGACGAGGCACGGGAGGAAGAAAGCAAAGAAGACGGGUCCGAAGGCGCCCGCGAGCUGCCAGCACCUCGGGGGACCGCGAGCCGGACCAAGCGGUUUGUGUCCGAGGCUCGCUUCGUGGAGACGCUGCUGGUGGCGGAUGCGUCCAUGGCGGCCUUCUAUGGACCCGACCUGCAGAACCACAUCCUGACACUCAUGUCGGUGGCGGCCCGCAUCUACAAGCACCCCAGCAUUCGCAACUCCGUCCACCUGGUGGUGGUGAAGGUGCUGAUCGUGGAAGAUGAGGCGCAGGGCCCCCAGGUGUCUGACAAUGGUGGGCUUACCCUGCGCAACUUCUGCAACUGGCAGCAGCAGUUCAACUAUCGCAGCGACCGGAACCCAGAACACUUCGACACCGCCAUCCUGCUCACCAGACAGAACUUCUGUGGGAAGGAGGGGAUGUGUGACACCCUGGGCGUGGCGGACAUUGGCACCAUCUGUGACCCCAGCAAGAGCUGCUCUGUGAUCGAGGACGAGGGGCUCCAGGCGGCCUACACGCUGGCCCACGAGCUGGGGCACGUCCUCGGCAUGCCCCACGACGACUCCAAGCCCUGUGCUCGGCUCUUUGGGCCCAUGGGCAAGCACCACAUGAUGGCACCCCUCUUCGUCCACCUCAACAAGACGCUGCCCUGGUCUCCCUGCAGUGCCAUGUACCUCACGGAGCUCCUGGACGGUGGGCACGGAGACUGUCUCCUCGAUGCCCCCACCUCGGCCCUGCCCCUCCCGACCGACCUCCCGGGGCAAAGGGCGCUCUAUGAGCUGGACCAGCAGUGCCGGCAGAUCUUCGGGCUGGGCUUCCGCCACUGCCCCAACACCUCUGCGCAGGACAUCUGCGCCCAGCUCUGGUGCCACAGGGAUGGCUCCGAGCCCCUCUGCCACACGAAGAACGGCAGCCUGCCCUGGGCGGACGGGACGCCCUGCGGGCCCGGGCACCUCUGCUGGGAUGGCAGCUGUCUUCCUGCGGAGGAAGUGGAGAGGCCCAAGGCCGUGGUGGACGGAGGCUGGGCCGCCUGGGGGCCCUGGGGAGAAUGCUCCCGGACCUGCGGAGGAGGGGUCCAGUUCUCACACCGCGAGUGCAAGGACCCCGAGCCUCACAAUGGAGGGAGAUACUGCCUGGGGCGGAGAACCAAGUACCAGUCCUGCCACACGGAGGAAUGUCCCCCAAGUGAGAAAAGCUUCCGGGAACAGCAGUGUGAGAAGUACAACGCCUACAAUUACACCGACAUGGAUGGGAACCUCCUGCAGUGGGUCCCCAAGUACUCGGGGGUGUCCCCCCGGGACCGCUGCAAGUUGUUCUGCCGAGCCCGGGGGAGGAGUGAGUUCAAGGUGUUUGAGGCCAAGGUGAUCGAUGGCACCCUGUGUGGGCCAGAGACUCUGGCCAUCUGUGUCCGUGGCCAAUGUGUCAAGGCUGGCUGUGACCACGUGGUGAACUCGUCUACGAAGCUGGACAAAUGUGGGGUGUGUGGGGGCAACGACAACUCAUGCAGGAAGGUCUCCGGCUCCCUCAACCCGACCAGUUAUGGCUACAAUGACAUCGUCACCAUCCCAGCUGGCGCCACGAACAUCGAUGUGAAGCAGCGGAGCCACCCGGGGGUCCAGAACGAUGGCAACUACCUGGCAUUGAAGACGGCGGACGGGCAGUACCUGCUCAACGGGAACCUGGCCAUCUCCGCCAUAGAGCAGGACAUCUUGGUGAAGGGGACCAUCCUGAAGUACAGUGGCUCAUUCGCCACCCUGGAGCGGCUGCAGAGCUUCCGGCCGCUGCCCGAGCCUCUGACCGUGCAGGUGCUGACAGUCCCUGGUGAGGUCUUUCCCCCCAAAGUCAAAUAUACCUUCUUUGUUCCCAAUGACGUGAACUUCAGCCUCCAGAGCAGCAAAGAGAGAGCGACCACCAACGUCAUCCAGCCCCUGCUCAACGCGCAGUGGGUGCUGGGGGACUGGUCCCAGUGCUCGAGCAGCUGCGGGGCGGGCUGGCAGCGGCGGACCGUCGAGUGCCGGGACCCCAGCGGCCAGGCCUCCGCCACCUGCAACAAGGCGCUGAAGCCCGAGGAUGCCAAGCCCUGUGAGAGCCAGCCAUGCCCUCUGUGACCUGGUGGGGCGGGGCCAGGCUUGUGCUCAUGGACUCGGGCUGCUGGGGGGCAAACAAGUGUCCCCGCUGUGGUGACCCUACGUGUAGAGGUGGCAUAGCCGACCCAGGUCUCACACUGCACCAGCCCCGCCGGCACGGGGAGAGGAAGAGAGAAUGGGCCAACAGAUCAUAAUGUCUACUUUCUCAUGGACGGGACCUUGCUUGGGUUCAAAUAGAGGGCAUAGGUUAAAGGUGAAAAGCGCACCAGACCCAACCAGGAGACUCAUUGAGCCUUUAUGCAAAGGACUAGCAGAGUCAAAUGGGAAAAAAAAAAAAAUUGUUUUCUAAUUGGGUUUCCCCUAUAAAUAAUCUACCUCAAAGGGGAAAAAUUAUCCAAGAGAGGUGUGGGGCAGGGGGUCAAUGGCGAAUGUCAAAGCAAGCUCCUAAGCUGGCUUCCAACGUGAUCAUGACUCUCUUCAGUAUUAAAACCCAUCACCUGCGGGGCUGCAGGGCUGUGGAGAGCCACGUGUCCUCAGGCCUCCACCUGCAGGGGUGGAUCCCGUUCAAGUAUUUAUGCAAAUGUGUCUCUGAACUAAAGCGUGAUC